UACAUUCAUUUCAAUGUGACAAAAAAGUGAAAGAUUUUCUUAAUUAGUCUUUUAAUUUGCUCAAUUGUGUUCUCUUUUUUAAUUGUGAUUAAUUUAUUCUUUUUUUCAUCCAGUUAAUCGAUUCUCUUAGUGUGUUGAUUUGUGAGAUAAUGACAGAAACAGUUGAACGAGUUUUAGCUCAAUUCAAGAACGAAUCUGGUGAAAUAUUUGGUUCUCCAUUAGAUUUACCAAUUAACGUUGAUUCUCGUAAAUUGUCAAUCUUAUUUAAUGCUAUUUACAAUUCGGAUAAAGAAUCAGUCCCAUACUCUUUUUUUCUGGAAGAGACUGAGAUUAGAGAUUCUUUAAAGAAAACGAUUGAAGAAUCAGCUGAUUCUAAGAAUUGGUCAUCAGAGAAAAUUGUUUACAUCACUUUUGCCCCUCAAGCGGUUUUCAGGGUUCGUCCAGUGACCCGAUGUUCAGCAUCGUUACCUGGUCAUGCUGAGGCCGUUAUUUCGGCUUCUUUUAGUCCCGAUGGAUCUUCACUGGCCUCGGGUUCGGGUGAUACCACAGUUAGAUUCUGGGAUGUGACAACUCAAACACCUCAUCAUACUGCUCGUGGUCAUCGCAAUUGGGUGUUGGUCAUCUCAUGGGCUCCAAAUGGACUUAAAUUAGCUUCAGCUUGUAAAAAUGGCGAGAUAAUUGUUUGGGAAGCCAAAAGCGGCAAACAGAUUGGAUCAACUUUGAAAGGACAUAAACAAUGGAUCAACGCUUUAUCAUGGGAACCCUUACACAGAGAUGGUGAUUGUAGACGACUGGCCAGUGCUUCCAAAGAUGCUACCAUCAGAAUUUGGGACACAAUCUUAGGUCAAUCUUUAAUCAUUCUCUGUGGUCACUCAGCUUCGAUUACAUGUUUAAAGUGGGGGGGAACUGGAUUAAUCUACAGUGGAUCUCAAGACAGAACGCUAAGAGUUUGGAGAGACAGUGAUGGUGUUCUGUGUCGGACAUUAGAAGGCCAUGGACAUUGGCUUAAUACUCUUGCUCUAAGUACUGAUUAUGUUAUGAGAACUGGAGCUUUCGAACCAGCCAAAGGAGUUAAACAGAAUUCAAUCGACGAUUUGGCUCAAGUGGCCUUAGAACGAUAUAAUAAAGCUCGAGGGGAGAAAGAGCGUCUCGUUUCUGGGUCAGAUGAUUUCACUUUAUUCCUUUGGGAACCGGAAGAUGCUAAGAAACAUGUCGCCCGAAUGACCGGACACCAGCAAUUGAUCAACGAUGUUAAAUUUUCACCCGAUACUCGGAUAAUUGCGAGCGCAUCUUUUGAUAAAUCAAUUAAACUCUGGGAUGGUAAAACGGGAAAAUAUAUAACUUCAUUAAGAGGACAUGUUCAAGCGGUUUAUCAAAUUGCUUGGUCAGCUGAUACAAGGUUAUUGGUCAGUGGAAGCGCCGAUUCAACGGUUAAAGUUUGGGAUAUGUCAACAAGAAAGUUACUCCAAGAUCUUCCUGGACAUGCUGAUGAGGUUUGCCAAUUAAAUAUCUCCUUUAGGCCAGAAUUAAUUGUUAUCUAUUUAACUAUAUUCAAUAUUCCUCUUGCGGGUCAAUUUUCUUUGCGUUUUGUUUUUAGGUUUACGCCAUUGACUGGAGUCCUGAUGGUGAACUUGUUGCCAGCGGUGGGAAAGAUAAGCUCUUGAAAAUGUAAAUAAGUACUUUCUUUGUUUCUCCUGGUCAACUUAUCCGUCGUUAUUUAAUUUCUUUUUGCAAUUGAUUUAAAUGGUUCGUAUUUGCUUCAAUUUUCUUCCUUUACGCUUUGGUUUAGAUGGAGGACGUGAACUUUUUGGAACUUUAAAUGUUGGAUAUCCAAACUGGAUGGGAUGACUUUUGGUUCGACGAUAAAACAUUUGGCGCGCAAACUUUUUAUGGUUGAUAAAAAAAGAUGGAAAAGUUAGAAAUUAACAUAGAAAAUGUUAACGUCAAAGGGACAGCGAUUUAUAUAUAAGGGAAAAUGGUUGUUUGAAUAUUUUUUCUCUCUCUCUUGUUUUUCUGUACAUUUAAAGCGUAAGAAUAAUUAACAGGAAAUAAUAUUUUCAUCCAACGCUUGAAGCUUUUCGUUGGCCAUUGAA